AGCCUCGGUGGUAUGUCUCUGUUCUCCAGCGGCCAUGUCAGCCCGCUUGCUUUCGACGGCCUCUUUUGCCUCACAGCUGUCACUCGACCAGCCGCCUACCUGUCUGCCCAGUCUUUCGGGUGAAUCAGGGCAGCGCGUUUUCCAGUCCUCACGGACUGAGCUUAUCCCCACCACUCCAUCCGCUCGCAUCUUUGUGUACCCGCUACCCUCGCGCGCCAGCUCUCUGCGCAGCUCCCCUGAGGGCGCGCGGCUGGGGCAUGGGGUAAGGGGAACGCUCAGCGCGUUGAGGGCGGAACGAACCGGGGGAGAGCCCGCAGGGGGUGCUAGCGGGUUUCGGUCCGCGGCUGGCCGAGCGCAGUGGGGCAACUGGCAUAGCGGAAUACGGGGGAUCUCAGCGCGGGAGGCCACUGCCGGAAGGGGCGCCGGGCAAGGGGGGCAGCGUGCGGAAGGGCGCAGGGAGGCAGGCGGAAACGGCGGAGGGUGGUCCGACAGGGGAGGGAGAGGCGGGGAGCGGUCGGAGAGCGGAAGGGGACGAGGCGGGAGGCGAGGAGGUAGCGGAGGAUGGGGAAACCGCGAGGGGGACAGGAGGGGUUUAAGGGACAGGGAGAAUGUUGGGCGGCAGGAGGGGUCGCGCGGUGAGGAGGGGGAUUGGGGAAGGCAAUGGGGCGGGGGAGCGGAUAAUGCGCGCGAGAGAGGGCUGGGGGAGAACGGGUACUCGUCAGAUGGUAGAGAUGCAUGGCGCAACGACGGGGGGCGCACGGAAGGUGGGCGGGGCGGCGGCCGCACUGGCGCAUCCUGGGAUGCGCGGAGCCGAGGGGAGAGAGGCAGGGGGGGAUCUUCCGCUUCCUGGGGCCGAGGGGGAAGAGGCGCAGGUGAUCGGGGGAGGGGGAGAGGAAGAGGCGGGCAGGCGGAGGGAAGAGGGGCGUGGGGGAGGCGGAGGGACGGGCGGAGGGGCAGCGAGGAGGGCGAGGAGGAGUUACCCUCGGGGUCGUUCCUGGUGCCCGACCCCGAGGCGGACGGCGGCGACCCCGUGCUGGUGGUGGGCGUGGAGGGCCGGCCGCCCACGCUGUCGGCGCGCGACCUGGUGUGGCAGCGCGCGAGCCGAGUGCGGUCGGGCGUGGUGAGCGAGGAGCGCUGGUGGGCCGUCAUGGACGGCGACCGCUACGUGGGGGACGGCGACGACGACGACGCGGACGAGGGCGACGGGGAUGACGAGGGGGCGUUUGGGGAGGGGGGGGUACUGGGGGGAGAUGAGGGGAGGGGGAAGGAGGGGAGGGUGGCAGUGGGCGGGGAAGAAUCGGACACAGAGGGGGAGGAGGUGGAGGUGCCAGGUCAGGGGGGAGAGUGGGGGGAAGAGGAGGAAGAAGAUGGGGGGGGAAGUGUGAGGGGAGGGAGGCGGAGCGAGGAAGGCGCGAGUGGGAGGCGAGUGAGGGGCGUGAGGCUGUUUGGCAGGGACUUUGGGCGCAGUAAAGUGGGGGGAGGGGAGGAGGCCGGCAGGGGAGGGUUUGCUGACAGCAGUCCCGAUGGCCCCACGGGUUCCAUGUCAGCCAGUAAUGCCAACCUGUCAGCGCGGAGUGCCGACGUGGCAGCCUCCAGCGAUGCCGAUCGUAGCGGGCAGAUGAGUGGCAUCCUCCGUGUGGGCGCUGGCAAGGCCGAGGGGGACUGGGGUGAAGGCGCACGGGGGACAGAUGCCGCACGCUGGCCGGGCGGGGAGGAGGUGCGUGACGCGGGCAGUAGGGGGAGGAGGGACGAAGCGGCGGAAGAUGAGGAGGAGGAGAGGGGCGAGUGGAUGAGCGAGGAGGACCUGGGGCGGUACGGCAUAGAAGGGCCGUUUGAGGGCAUCAUCGAGGUGGGCGCGGACGGGGAUGUGCGGGAGGGGAGCAAGGCGGGCAGGCAGCGGCAGAGUGCAGCAGCGGAGGGCGGGCGGGGCGGAGGCAGCGUGCUGGAUGCGCUGCGCAGGCAGGUGGCGUCGCGCGCGGGGGAGGGGGGGGGAGGGGGGAAGGUGGAGAAGGGGAAGAAGGCAGGCAGUGAGAGGGGCGGGCGGGAGGCAGGAGCAGCAGCAGCAGCAGCAGCAGCAGCGGCAGCAGCAGCAGCAGCAGCAGCGGGCGAAGCAUCUGAGGCGCCGCGAGCAGGGAGGGGGGUGGUGGCGGUGGACCCCUCGCAGCGUGCCAACUACGACCCGGCGCUGGCGGACGACUUCUUCAGCCGCACCUCCUUCGCUCAGAUCGGCGCCUCGCCUGCCGCCCUCAGCGCGCUCCAGGCCAUGGGCAUCACCCGCCCCUCGCACAUCCAGGCGGCGUCGUUCCCGUACAUGGUGGGCGGGACGGACUGCAUCAUGGCGGACCAGACGGGCACGGGCAAGACGCUGGCGUACCUGCUGCCGCUCAUGCAGCGCCUGCGCGCCCACGAGGAGCAGCGUGCACACGCGGGGGGAGGGGCGGACGGGGCGGUGCAGAGUGGGGAGGAAGAGGCAGGAGGGCGAGUGGGUGGGCCGCGCAUGGGAGCGGCGGCGAAGCGACCACGGGCCAUAGUGUUCGUGCCCACCACCGAGCUGGCGAACCAGGUGCUGCGGGUGGCGCGGCAGCUGUCGUUGGGCGGCAUGCGGGUGCGGUCGGUGGCGCUGACGGGCGGGCACAAGUGGCGGCCACAGGUGGAGGCGCUGGCGGGCGGGGUGGACCUCGUGGUCGGCACGCCAGGGCGCGUGCUGCAGCACCUGGACGCCGGGAGCAUGCUGCUGGACGAUGUCUUGUGCAUGGUGGUUGACGAGGCGGACAUCAUGUUUGACGACGACGACUUCAGCGCCGCGCUCAAGCCCAUCCGCAUGGGCGCGUCGCGCGCGUGCCAGGUGGUGCAGGUGACGGCCACGCUGCCCGCCGACGUGCACGAGCAGCUGCUGCAGGAGUACCCCACCGCCGUCUCCCUCAUCGGCCCCUCGCUGCACCUCACCGCCUCCGGCCUGCAGGAGGUGCUGGUGGACUGCUCGCAGGCGGAGGGCGAGGAGCGCACAGAGGAGGGCGGGUUUGCACGGAAGAGGGCGGCGCUGCUGCAGAUAGUGGGCGCGGGCAGGGGCAGGCGCAGGGGGGACGGGGAGGGGGAGGAGCAGAGCGUGGUGGGUGGUGAAGGGGGAGGAGGGGAGGAGAGCAGCGUUGGCGCAAAGAAGACGAUUGUGUUUUGCAACAAGAUAGAGACGUGUCGGCGGGUGGAGAACAUGUUGGUGAGGGCGGACCGCCAGCAGCGGCGCUACAAGGUGCUCGUGUGCCACGCAGGCAUCACCCCCGACGCACGCAGAGAGGCGCUUCACCAGCUGCUCGCGCCCAACCCGCCCACCCCGCUCAUCCUCGUCUGCACCGACCGGGCGUCGCGCGGCAUCGACAGCGUGGACGUGGACCGCGUGGUGCUCUUUGACUUCCCCCGCGACCCCAGCGAGUACGUGCGCCGCGUGGGCCGCACGGCCAGGGGCGCGGGCGGCACGGGCACGGUGUACGUGUUUGUGCUGGGCGGGCAGGUGGGGCUGGCGCGGCGCAUCAUGAGCCGCAACGACCGUGGCCUGCCAGUGCACGAGGUGCCCGACAGCCUCUUCUGAAUGUGCCUUGCCGUGCCUGAUGCGCUGGCUGCUCUUGAAGACAGCAUUGGAUGCCUGAUAGCUUCGCAUGAAACCACGUUGCAUUGCAUUGCAUUCCAAGCUUGAGUGCCAGAGCGCUGCUGGGAAUGCUCAUUGAUUACAGGACCCAACCCA